AUGGGUGGAUCAGUGGACAGUGACGUCAUCUUCACCCCUGAGUCCUACCUGCCCCGUCAUGCGUCCGUCAAUUUCACCCUCGACUUCCUGGACAAGUCCUUCAACGUGUUCGAGGUCGGCGGCGACUUCAGCGGCAUGGAGGACUACAUCGAGAGGCUCUUCGGCGAGGGUGGCUACUUCGAGAACCCGGAGAUCCAAGGACUUGUGGAGAAUCUGAGGCCGAAGAGGGAGGUGCAGGACGAGAGGAUUGAGGAGUUCCAAAGGAUGUACAACGAUGCAAGGACUCUUACCGAGGAAGCCGACCCCGAGGCGCAGGAACCCAAGGCGUCGGUCUUCUUCAGGAUCUUCGGCAAACCCCCUACAAGCACUCAGGGAAUGCUCAGGGAAUUCUCCGUACCUAGGUCUUUCCAGCUACUGAAUCAAGAGUAUGUAAGUCCAACGUUACUCGGUUUCCCGCUAAGGCUGAGAGUCAAUUCGACUGGCUCCAUCAACUUCGACCGCGAAGGAACCUUCGAAACGACAGACGACGGCAACCUGCUCAUUUCGGGGCGCUUGAACCCGACCGCCGUCUUGGCCACGGACGAGACUCUGAUGGUGGACGGUUACGGCUCUGCCAGUGGCAUUCGGCGACGCACUACCCAAGUCGCGCACGCAUCCAUUGGCGGUAGAAUUGAAGUGAAGGACGGCCAGGUUGUUGACAUUCGCAUAGAUACCUACAAUGCUGAUGUGGCGAAGCUAAGCUCUUCAGUGAAUGUAUUAUUGUACAACAAUUACAAGCAAGUGUGGGAGGGACAGCAGAAUGGCGCUGCUUUUGAAGAGGUAGAAUCGUGUUCUCCCGAGAUGGUGAAUAAUAUUCUAGGUCUCGAGUUUUGCAACACUUGGAGAUAUACUAUCCAAGCUGACGAGGAGAAUACAGUGAUCACUGAACCGCAUGCGAUGGAGCUCACGGUGUCAAAGGCUGACAACUUCGACCACUACCAGUUCUCCUACACUCGCAAGCGGAAUAUGUUCGAGAUCCUGUUUGACACUCCCGGAUCCUCGGUUGACAGGAAAGUCAACCUGAAUAUUAACCUCAAGUCCAAUCACGCGCGAGGGACGCUCACCAUCCCCGGGAGUCGCUUCGAUGUGGAGGGUCAGUAUGAAUACACAUCCGAGAUAAAGAAACUUGCACUCAAGUACAGCAGAGACACGACUCUUCGCGGAGAAAUGGAAGUUUCUCUGCAGACAGCAAAAGAAAUAGACAACGUGAAGUAUUCGCCGAAAUUCAUGAUGACCAUCACAGACUUCUUUGAUAUCAAUACUAGCGGAUCUCUUCUAACUGGCCCAAAUGACUUCAUGCUAGAAGGGAGCAUAAUGUCCAGUUUCCAGGAUGAAGCUGCUGCCUUUAAAGCAUUGUGGUCUCGCGAGGGAAGUCAGAACAAAAUAGAAGGCCAGUUCAGCACGGGGCAGUCAUAUGCCUCCACAAGCGGAACUAUCAACACAGAUCCGGGACAUACAAUGGUCCAGCUCUCGUGUGAAUACGGGGCGUCCCGAUCGAGCCCUUACUCCCUGUCCCUCUCUCUGGACUCCACGAGCACUCAGACUGCAGAAGGCAGCUCGCACACUGGCUCUCUCGUUCUGGAAUCAAGCCAAGCUGAAGUGAGCAUGAAUAUGGACUAUGAUUAUCGCCCAGGCUAUGUUGACACCAACGCCACCAUUACAGUGCGGGGAACCGAGAUGACUUCGCACGUCGGCCUGAAGAACGUUGCCGAGGGAAACGAGCGAGAUUUUCUGGUCACCCUGAGCUGCACGAGCCAGGAUCUCAACAUCGACUACCUCCUCAAGGCAGUCUACAAGAAAUCUGACAACGCCUUCCUAGCCGAGUCGGAGGUCAACCUCGGCUCGUUCAUCACAUCGAAGGCGUCUCUCACCUACCUCUUCGAGAGUGACCCCUGCACCUGCUAGCUGGCCUCCACCUCCAGUUCAACGACUUCGUGAUGCAGGCCAGCCACACCCUUGACUUCAGUCAAUCAAAUCGAGUCGUUAUUCUGCUGACCGGCACUGUCGGACCUGCCUCAGCCGGCUUCCACUUCGAGGGCGAGUACGACCCUUCCUCCCCUUCAACGCGUCGCUGGACGUGUUCGGCACUUACGACAGCCAGCGGGCAGGCGUCGCUUUCAGCGCCGAGUCGGACCAAGCAUGGCGAACCUUUUCUGGCAACGUGAGGCUACAUUGGUUCGACUGGACGUACAUCGUCGCCCACUCCACCACGUGGGAAGAGAACAAGAAGGAGAUCGUAUUUACGUCUGACAGACACGGGAUCUUGCAACUCACGGCAGAGACCUCACCGAACCUCCAACUGCUACGCCUUGUGACAAAAAGCGAUUCACAAGCGGCAGAUUCUGAUUUUGAG